GAUACACCCCGACCUAUGGGCUCUACUUGGCUUCUAUUUUGAACAUCUACUUGUGAUUUCUGUUUGGUUGACAUCCAUCGGAAAGCUUCGUUGACUUAAGUUUAAGUUUUUUUUCCAAAGAAAUAAGAGCACCAAUCGUUAAGGCUCCAGAGCCCUCUUCCUCUUCAGUAAGAACAUCAAGACUGCCGGACGAAGAUAACACUGAGUCAUGUCUGACUCGGAGACCAUCGAGCUAGCUGCUCUGGGCCGACCCUUCCAGCUGGGGAUGCUGUAUGACUGUCGUAGAGAUGUCCUCAUUCCAGGUAUCACUCUCUGGGAUUCUGAGAUGCUGCAGAAACACAUCAAUGUUCAUCCACAACCGAACACUGACUUCAAAAUCAUUGCUUCAGACUCAAGUGAAGCCAAGUCAGAAGCUUUGAAUGUGUCUGCAUCUCUUGAGGCCAGUUUCCUUGGUGGCUUAGUCAGUGUGAAGGGUUCUGCUGAAUUCCUACAUGACAAAAAGACCUCAAAGCGUCAGUCUAGGGUUUCUCUGCAGUACCGUACCACCUCUCGCUUCGAGCAGCUGACCAUGGACCACCUGGGGGCAGGAAAUGUGAAAUACUCUAAUGUCUUACAAGAGGGCUCUGCAACCCAUGUGGUGACUGCCCUGCUCUACGGAGCGCAGGCCUUUUUCGUUUUUGACCAAGAUAUUUCCUCAGGAGAAAACCACCAGGACAUCCAUGGCAACCUGCAGGCCACAAUAAAAAGAUCCCUCAUAUCAAUAGAAGGGCAGGCAAAUUUGAAGAUGAGUGAGGAAGAGCAGAGAGAGGCCAAUAAAUUCAACUGCACUUUCCAUGGUGAUUUGGCUCUAGAAAACAACCCUGUCACAUUUGAAGAUGCCAUCAAGGUGUAUGCUGGCCUGCCAUGUCUGCUAGGGGAGAAUGGAAAACAUGCUGUGCCCAUGACCGUCUGGCUCUAUCCUCUCAAGAACCUGGACUCUGCAGCUGCCCAGCUAGUCAGGCAGAUCAGUGUUAGCCUGGUGCGUCGCGCACAGCGAAUCAUGGACGGACUGGACAAUACUGAUGUACAAUGCCAGGACAUGAUGAAGGAAGACAUGGCUAUCAAGUUCCCUGAACUCAAUGCCAAGCUCAACAAGUUCAGGGACUUGUGCUCAGAGUACAAGUUGGUGUUCCAGAAAGGUCUCUGCAAGGUUCUUCCCAACAUAAGAGGAGGAGGAAUGGAGGAGGAAGAGCUGAUAAAAAUUAUCAACAGCAAAGAACGUUCUCCAUUCCAGAAUGACCUCAUGAUCACGUACCUGGACGACAGAGAGAGAGAGAUGAAUGUUGUCCGCUCUUACCUUGACAUAAUGAAAGAGGUACAAGUUGUGUACUCAAGCAGUGAAUUGGAUGGAAUAGUGCUUGAUAAAUCUAAUGAUUAUGUAGUGUGUUUUGCAUUUUCCUAUUUGAAGGAGAAAGAAGACUAUGAGGUAGUCUUGGAGAACUACUUGCUGGAAGAAUCAAAAUUUGAGCUGCCAUCAAAGCCAGGUGUUCCCACCAUCAAGAGUCUGGAGCAUGACUGUGUCCACUUGCAAGUCAACCCUCCCAACCUUGUUGUUACCUCUGUGGAGUCGUACCAGGUUUUGUACCAGGCUGAGCAGGCUGACUCUGAGUGGACCGAGGUCAAAUCGGAUGCUACAACUAACCAGGUCACCAUCAGUCGUUUGGACCCUUACAAAAAGUAUCGCUUUAGCUGCAAGGCGGUGUGUAGACCUGGUGUGAGUCUCUCCAGUGACUGGACAGAAUACUUCAGGACCCUCCCAUGUAGUCCCCUGGACCACCCACAGAGAAGAGGAUAG